CUCAGCCCGCUUCAGCGGGCCUUCAACUCCUUUUUACUGUCGAUGCCAUCUCACCAGUUGGAAGAGCUGGUUGAGUAUCUGCAUGCCCGUGAGAACCACCAGCCCAAAAGCCAUGUCGGACGUGGCAACCAGACGCCAAUCAAAUACCCUACGCCCGACGAUACGGCUUCUGAGGGCACAGCUUUGAGUGCCCGUCGUGGCUCUGUUGCUUCCACAAACAACGCUUCCAAGUCUUCGACUGCCCGUAGACGUAACCGCGAUAAGCCGCUGCGUCCUCUCAACAGUUUCAUUGCUUUUCGAAGCUUCUACUCGACCAUGUUUCCCGACCUUACUCAAAAAGCCAAGUCUGGAAUCCUUCGCUUCCUGUGGCAGAACGACCGUUUCAAGGCCAAAUGGGCUAUCCUUGCCAAAGCUUACUCUAAAAUCCGUGACGAGCACGCUGAUUCGAAAGACGUCUCUUUGGAGAGCUUUUUGAAUCUCAAUGCUGGAUACAUCGGUAUCCUUCAGCCAAGCCUCUACCUUGAGGCAAUGGGUUGGGAAUUGACUGUUGAUGAAGAACAGCAAUACACCAUGGCCAGAGUUAGCCAAACGACUACAAAUGAAGCGGAUGUCUCUACCAACUAUUCUGUCAACGACAUCGUCAAACACUGUUAUGACACUGGCUAUGUCUCCCAGAAAGAUCGACAGAAGCGGACGAGUUGCAACAACGAGGCCGUGAUGUCUUUCGUUGCUCAGCCGUGUCAGGCUGUCAAUGAGAAGAGCAACAUCCAAAUCUCCGGUACCAAUACUUUCGUUGACAAGGUUGACGACGCAAGUGACGCGAUCAAACGCUCCGUCGAAGAGCAAGCGGAAGACACUCCAACUCCCGCCUACAGCGAUAUGAGCUCG